CCCUCAUAUGGGCGCUAUCAUGUGUACAAAUAAUAUUUAUUGCAUGCUCGAAUCGUUGAUAAAAAAAAUUUAGUGCAGGUGAUAAGCUAGUUUGUAGUAUUUCCGCGCCUUGCCUCGUGUAAUAUCUGUGUACAUCAUAAAUAAGAAGUAUCAUUGUUUCGUUGCUUCAUUUUGAAAAUUACCGCCAGAUACGAGUAUGUGAAGCAGGAAUAACUCGCCGAUUGUUGGAAUUUUUGGUUUUUUAACGUUUCGUGAACGCGAAGAAAAUGUUUUUCCAUUUAGAAUGUAUUUUUUCUCAGAAAAGAUACAUGAUCGCGUUUCUGGCGUUUUUCGGGUACGUGAAUAUGUUCUGUUUGAGGGCCAAUUUGAGCAUGGCUAUUGUCGAGAUGACGUCGAAUAAAACUGUGGUGCUGGAAAAUGGAACUUUGGUCAGGCGUCCGGAAUUCGAAUGGAGCUCCCAAGACAAAGGCUUCGCAUUGAGUGCAUUCUCCUUCGGGUACAUUUUCACAGUAGUCGGAGGUUUAAUGGCUGCCAAAUACGGAGGAGCGACCGUUUUUGGCGUAGGAAUCGCUCUUACAGCCUUGGCCACUUUCUUAACUCCAUAUUUGGUGUACUUGGAUUUCAAAUGGUUCAUUAUGAGUCGCAUCGUCGAAGGGAUUUUUGAAGCUAUCGCUUUUUCCAGCAUGUCAGAGUUGUGGUCCAAAUGGUCGCCUCCUGAAGAACGUUCCAGACUUGUGUCGUAUAGUUUCACCGGUGUUUAUGUGGGGUUAACUAUAUCGUAUCCGAUAUCCGGGUUCGUAGCUGGGAUUUGGGGAUGGCCUGCCAUUUUUUACACCACAGGUGGAGCUGCUCUAAUAUGGUCUGUAUUUUGGCUCACUCUGGUUAAAAAUGACCCUGCUUCGGAUAGAAGAAUGUCCAAUGCUGAGAGGCUGUUUCUGACUGAGAGACUUAAAAAUAUCGUAAAGGAUUCCGAGAUCAGUUACCCUUGGUGUGAUAUUCUUACAUCGAUCCCUGUGUGGACUUUGUGUAUCGUUGAAUUUGUCUUCAGCUGCGGUUACACGAUUAUUAUUUUAUAUUUACCUCUUUAUAUUAAAGAUAUCAGUAGUAUAGAUAUAAAUCAAAUCGGUAUUUUGUCAGCAUUGCCUCAUCUGUGUGCUGUAGCAUCUCAUCCAAUAGCCGGAUAUUUGGCUGACUAUUUCCGAAAUAAGAAGAUCCUCGAUGCGACUCAAACUCAUAAAUUGUAUAUCUGCGCUGGGUUCUCAAUCGGAGCCCUCUUACUUAACGUGGCAGCAUUUUGGCCGAAUUUCGCCGGUAUUAUUAUAUCUUUAUCGAUAUUCAGAUUAUUUACAAGUUUCAGUGACGUCGCAUUUCACGUCAACGUUAUCGACUUGUCACCCAAAUACUCGAGUCUGCUGAUUGGUAUGGGUACCUCAUUUUUCACCCUGGGUGCCAUUUUGAGCCCACUUUUUAUUGGUUUAAUGGUCCAGCAUCACAGCCAAGAAGAAUGGAAUUUUUGUUUCAUCUCCUUCAGUAUAAUAUACCUCUUCGGAGCUGCUCUUUAUUGGGUUUUGGGAUCGGGGAAGUUGCAAUCGUGGGAUAAAUCUUCCGCAUCCCAAUGUACCAAUGAAGCAGAACAACGUAAUGAUACGCAGAUGGAAGAACGAUGACGUAGACGCAGACCUAGAUGCGUGAAACAGAUCGAAGAAAGUUCAAUGAACUCAGAUCUAGCUUAUUUUCAAAACGAUCGAAGUUCUAGCCGAGUGUUCCUGUUUUCAAAAUUUAAUCAGGGUCCAUUUAUAUAUUCAAAUGACUCGCGUUUUUUUUCUUUCGUGGGCCAUUUGAUGCUAUGAAGUAUGAGUAUGGAUAUUUAAAAGCUCGAUUAAAGGCUGAAUUUAUCUGGUAGAGAAGAGAUCAAUCAAUUGAAAGGAAAGAAAAUUCUCGAUUUUAAUUUAAAGAUGAUUAAUAAACACUUUUUAAUUUUUUUAAUACCUAAUAGUGUUUCUUACUUAUCUUGAAAAUUUGGCACAUCGCCUUCAAGGAGGAAAUUAAUUUUAAUUUUGUUGUUGCAGUGGAAUUCUCGAUAGUUCGUUCAACCUUUCAGUUAAAUGUUUUUUGAAAAUUUUAAUGACUUUACUGAAAUUAUAACCUUCAGUCAUAUGAAACGAUAUUUUCAAUACUCCCCCCCCCCCAUUUUCGUCUGAAGGUGGAUUUCGUCAACUAUUAUGAGAGGAUUUAGGUGAUAUUUUUUCAACAGGAAUUAAUUAGACAUCAUCAUAAUUUUACAAAUCGAUCUUCCCUAUAAUUUGGCCUCAUAUUUCUUAGGACGAAACUACGAGUAUAGAGGUUUUUUGAGAGGGGAAGAGAGGUUCGACUGAAAAUUUGCCGACUGAUAUAGAGAAAAAAUACCGAUUUUUCAGAUUGAUAUCAUAUUCAUAUAGGUAUAUGACUUAUAGUCCGGCAUAUGACAAUAGGAGUAAUUGCACCCCCCCCCCCCCGAUCCUCCGGGACAACUAUUUUCUUAAAGGGGACAUCCUAAGGAACAUUUUAAAGCAAACUUGCCCAAAAAAAAGUUGGCCUUACUUACAAAAUGGCGGCCAUUUUUAUUGACAGGUAAGCCGAAAUCGCAGAUUUUGCGUUCCAACAUAGGACUAUUGCACGAAAUUUUUCAAACCUUACAAAUGUAGAUCGAAAGAUCAUGCAAAAAUGUAUCACCUGUCAAAAUUUCAAGUACUAAAGUGCGUUUUUCGAUUUUUGGUGAAUUUUUGAAAAUCCAAUUUAGGCCAAAACUGAGGGAAAAAAUCAAAAUUUUACCAAAUUGACCAAGAAAGCUGAAAAUUGGGAUACAUCCUAUUUUCGACAUGCCAAAUCGAUUGGAAACGGUUUCAACCCGUUUUGAGCAGUUCUGGAGCCUCCAGCAGAUUUUUGAAACUCGAAAUUCCCACAAAAUUCCAUCAAAUUGGAGUAGUAAAGCUGAAAUUUAUUCUAAAAACUAAUUUCAAUACGCUACGAAGUACUGCAGGUGAAUUUCAAGCCAUUUUAGAGCAUCCAGCGACUUUUUUGAAGAUUACUAGAGCCUCCAGAAGAUUUUUAAAACUUGAAAUUCCCACAAAAUAUCAUUAAAUGGAGUUGGAAAGCCGAAAUUCAUUCUGCAAACUACGCUACGAUGUUGACUGCAGGUGAAUUUCAAGUCAUUUUAGAGCCUCCAGCAACUUUUUGAAAAUUACUGGAGCCUCCAGCAGAUUUUUAAAACUCGAAAUUCCCACAAAAUAUCAUUAAAUGGAGUUGGAAAGCCCGAAAUUCAUUCUGCAAACUAAUUUCAAUACGCUACGAAGUUGACUGCUGGUGGAUUUCAAGUCGUUUUGGAGCCUCCAGCGACUUUUUGAAAGGUUGUAUGGCGUUUUUUUGGAAAAUUGAAAUUUCCUAAAAGUAGGCUGGAAGCUUUAAAACCAUUUGAAACCACCAAGUAGUCUGCGAAGUAAAUUUCAGCUUGCCGCAACUCCAUUUGAUACAUUAAUGUUGCAGGAAUUUCAAGUUUCAAAAAUCUACCAGAGGCUCCAGUAAUUUUCAAAAAAGUCGCUGGAGGCUCCAGAACGACUUGAAUCCACCUGAAGUCGUCUUCAGAGGGUGUUAAAAUUGGAGUGUAGAGUAUAUUUCAGCUUCCCAUCUCCAUUUUUUGAUGAAAUUUUGUAAAAAUUUCAAUUUUCAAAAAUCUGCUGGAGGCUCCAGUAAUUUUCAAAAAAGUCGCUGGAGGCUCUAAAAUGACUUGAAAUUUACCUGCAGUGCUUCGUAGCGCAUUGAAAUUAGUUUUUAGAAUAAAUUUCAGCUUCAACAACUCCUAUUUGAUGGAAUUUUGUGGGUAUUUCGAGUUUCAAAAAUCUUCUGGAGGCUCUAGUAAUUUUCAAAAAAGUCGCUGGAUGCUCUAAAAUUACUUGAAAUUCACCUGCAGUACUUCGUAGCGUAUUGAAAUUAGUUUUUAGAAUAAAUUUCAGCUUUACUACUCCAAUUUGAUGGAAUUUUGUGGGUAUUUCGAGUUUCAAAAAUCUUCUGGAGGCUCUAGUAAUUUUCAAAAAAGUCGCUGGAUGCUCUAAAAUGACUUGAAAUUCACCUGCAGUACUUCGUAGCGUAUUGAAAUUAGUUUUUAGAAUAGAUUUCAGCUUUACUACUCCAAUUUGAUGGAAUUUUGUGGGAAUUUCGAGUUUCAAAAAUCUGCUGAAAGCUCCAGAACUGCUCAAAACGGGUUUAAACCGUUUCCAAUCGAUUUGGCAUGUCGAAAAUAGGUUAUAUCCCAAAUUUCAGCUUUCUUGGUCAAUUUGGUAAAAUUUUGAUUUUUUCCCUCAGUUUUGGCCUAAAUUGGAUUUUCAAAAAUUCACCAAAAAUCGAAAAACGCACUUUAGCGCUUGAAAUUUUGACAGGUGAUAAAUAUUUGCAUGAUCUUACUUCGAUCUACCUUUGUAAGAUUUGAAAAAUUUCGUGCAAGUCUUAUGUUGGAACGCAAAAUCUGCGAUUUCGGCUGACCUGUCAAUCAAAAUGGCCGCAAUUUUGUAAGUAAGGCCUACUUUUUUUUGGGCAAGUUUGCUUUAAAAUGUUCAUUAGGAUGUCCCCGUUAAGAAAAUAGUUGUCUCGGAGGAUCGGCGGCGGCGGGGGGGGGGGGUGCAAUUACUCCUAUUGUCAUAUGCCGGACUGUUAUAGAGGUUUUAAUUUUCUAUUUUGGAUUUUUGGGGGCUCAAAUGUGAAGCAAGGACAAAAGUUUUAUUUUUUUUUAAAGUUGAUUUUGAAAAAAAAAGAGGACAGAAACGAGCGAAGCGAUGGUGAAAACUUUCAGAAAUUUGUAUUUUGAGAGAACUAAAAACUAAAUGCAACGAGUUUUAUUUUUUGACUUUUAAAAAUUUUAGAAUUUGAUAGAUUUUUUUUUAGGAUGUUAAUUUUGAAAAAUAAAAAAGAAUAUGCCCAAGUGAGGAGGAAAUCUCUUGAAAAUUUGUACCAUUUUCUCACUUCAAAGUUUUAAAAAUUGGAUGAUAUAUUUUUAAAAAUAAAUUUUAAUCCAGAAAAAGAAAACGAAACAAGGCCGAGCGAAACGAGUACAAGAGCUUUCGAAAAUUUGUGUUUUGAGAAAUAAAAAAUUACCCUUCUUUGACCCCCCUCUCGACGGCCCUGAUUGUAACCUUCAAUCUAUCAGACGAUGUUUUUAAUCCCCCUCCACCUCUCGUCUAAAAGUUGAUUUCGCCAACUAUGAGAUGAGUUAGGUGAUAUUUUUCCAACUGGACUGAAUUCGUCAUCAUUUUACGAAUCGAUCUUCACUGGACCGAUCAGAUUCUGGGAAAUUUACUCGGCUCCGUGAAAAAUUUUCCAGUUACGAGAAUUCGAAGCUCGCAUUGAAGAGUGAACGUGUUAAUUACAAGUACAUAUACACCGGUUGCUAAGUGGCGAGUGAAAUGAGAUUUUUCAAAUUUCGUACAUUGGAACGAUUCCUAAUUCUGGGAAAAGUUGUGAUUAUUUAUUAAAUUAUACAAUACAGGGGUCGGCAUAAGUUAGUAUUCCUAUUCGAAAACUGAUGCGUUCUUUUUAACACCCUGUUGUCUGUAAUGAGUAGAUAGAAAGUCUUGUAGGUAGUGCGUUGUGUUCGUGGAAGUCCCACCAACACUUUGGUAAUAAUAGUUUUUUCCCCGCUAUGUCACUACAGAAAAAAAAAUCAUUUUCAUUUGAACAAAUUUUCGUUUGUGCAAAUCGGAAUACUAACUUAUGCCGACCCCUGUAUUAUGGUCGUGUGUUCUGCACGAGCUAUUUGCAUAUCUUCUCUAGAUUGCCAAAAUGUCUUUUCUAAGAGGAAACUAAAUUUCUAAGAAAUCUUUACGAUUUUGUUUUUUUAAUUUCUCCUUGUUCAAUCUCAUAUAAAUACGUCUAGAAUUCAAUAUAUAUUUUUGUCGUUUGUGAAGACUCUUACUCGAAUGAAGUAAUAAGUAUCUUAGUUCCUUUUUGUUCUUCAAUUUUGUUCGUCAUUUCGCGAGUUCGUGAGUUAUUUAAUUUUUUCCCCAUUGAAAAAAUGAAUAUUAGAGUAUAUAAAGCAUGCAUUUUACUCGUGAGUUUAAUCGUUUUUCUAUCUCUCAUUUCCACGGCUUACUCAGCAGCAGCUUCUUAUCCAAGUGAAAACGAAUGUCGAGUUGGAUGUGAACGCGGAUGUAGAGCAACCGGACAAAAUUACAAUUGCUACAAUGCUGGAAACUUGGGAGGAAAUCAAUGGGUUUGCGCGUGUUGGAAUAAUAGUAAACCUGUGCGACCUCCAGGUCAAUAAUGAUUAAUGUAUAGAACUUUUCAAAUUUAAUAAUCCGGAUUUAUUUGAUGACCAGUACGAGAAAUCGAGAAAUGAUUUUUU